AUGGGUGACUUUAACACAUGCCUACUCAAGGGUGACUAUCGGUGUGAAAAGCUAAAAUCAUUAACCGAGGCAUGUAAUCUACAUAUAUUACCACUAUCUGCUACGCAUAAAAUUCCUGAGUGUACUCCAUCACUACUUGACUUAAUCAUUGUAUCCUCUCCAGAUUUUGUCCUGAAACAUGGCCAGCAUGACGCUGAUCUCUUCUCUCAUCAUGAUCUCUUGUUUCUUACAUACAAGGUCCGUCCUCCUAAAGCAAAAUCGAGAAUCCUUCUGCGACGUAAUUUUGGUGGAAUGGACAAAGAACGUCUUCUGGAAGAUGCUAGUCGCAUGGACUGGUCAGCUGUUGAAAAUGCUUCAACAGUCGACUUGAAAGUCGAGUUAUUUAACUCCUUUCUUAUCCAACUUUAUGACAUCCAUGCCCCAGUAAAACCAAUAAAAAUGAAACAUUUACCAGCACCUUGGUUAACUGAUAGUCUAAAAAAACUUAUUAUAAAAAAAGGAUUUGCUAAUAGUAAGUUAAAAGCUGAUAAGAAUGAAAAAAACUUACGAUAUUAUAAUAAAGUACGGAAUCGCUGCAAUACAUUGUGUAGGGAUGCACAAAGACGCCAUAUUCAUAAAUCCGUCGAAAACGGCGACGCAGCCAAAGUUUGGAAGUUUCUUCAGUCUCUUGGAGUUGGUAAACAUCCAAUAAUUCUCCUCAUCAUAAUGUUGAUGUUGAAUUCCUUAACAAAUAUUUCACCUGUUCUAGCACAUUAG